AUGGAGGAGAAGCAAGAGGUGUUUGAGAAGGAAAAGAGCUCCGAGGAUGAAAAUGAUUUCGAGAAGAAGAAGAAGAGCGAAAAUGCUGAAGAAGAAGAAAAGAGAGAAAAAGGUGGAUUCUUUAGCACGGCUUCGUUCCUGAACAGUGAAAGUGGCGGUGCGGAGGAGGAGGAGGAGGAGGAAGAAGAAGACAAAGAAGAAGAGAAGAAGGAGGAAGAGACGAGAAAAGGAGUCUUUGAAAUCUCUUCUUCGGUCGCGGAUCAAAAAGCGGUGCCUUCAAAACCUUCUCCUCUUUCCGAAGAUGGUUGCGAUCAACCAGGCGGCGAGAGGAGCGGUGGGAGUCGUAGGAGUAGUACGAGUUCUACUACUACGGCGGAGAAGAAGAAAAAGACGACGUUGAUGCGAAAUAGGCGAAAUUCGUCGACAUCUUUGUCGUCGUCGUCGUCGAUUACCAGAGCGAUGACCCCGGGACCGUUAUCGAUAGACCGGCCAGAGUGUACGUUGCGACGACGCGCCAACGUGAAGGUGAACGCCGGGGUGAAGGAGACGCUGACGAAACUGGACGAGGAAAGGAGAGAAGCGGAGAAGAGAGGCGAUUUUGAGAAAUGCAACGAGUUAUCCAUCGCAAUGGAGAAGACGAAGAGAGAGGAGGAGAAGAGGAGAGCGGCUUUGGUCGCGGUGCAUCAUCAGAAAGCGAUGGCGGAUGCGAUCGAGGUGCAGAGGAAAAGCGAGGUGGAUUUGAAACGAAGACACGACUGCGAAGCGGCGAAAAUGAAAGAGAGUUUUCACGUGGAUGCGGAAAACUUGAAAGCGAAGAAGAGCGAACGCUUUGAUGCGUUUGAAAAUGAAUGCAAUAUCAUUCGCGCGAAAGCGCAAAAGAGGAAACCGAAAGCGAGAGCGAAAGAACUCUCGGAAAUACGAAAUAUUCAAGCCGCGUUGACGAAACAGAAGAAGUACGUGGAAGCGCAAGAGGUGAGGCAGAAAGGGGACGCGAUCGAAAGAAAGGCCAGGAACGAGACCAAUCGCGGGAUUGAGAACGACUUGUUGGCGAAGAAAUUAAAACUGAAAGAAAAGUUAGAACGCGAGGAGAAGCAGAUGAAGAUCAAACAAAACUGUUGCGCGAAAGUAUUGCGACGCCGACACGAGGAAGAGCUGGUUAGGUUACAGAGGAAGUUUAGAGAUGAGAGAGGUGAACACGAAUGCGAACAAAAAAACGUCGUCGUCGUCGUCGAUUUCUUCUUCUUCUUCUUCUGCGAUUGA